UGCUUUGGUUCUAAGCUCUAUCUGGAUACCUUUAAGAAAAGCAGCUUUUAUAAUGUACUGAAGUAAAUACUUUGUAUUCUUAGAGUAGGGGUCGGACCGCUUCUGUCAAGGAUCUGUUCACUCAGUUUCCCCAAAGCUUUCUCCACGUUGUUGGGCUCAAUUGCACAUCAUGACAGAGGUUCCAGGGACAUUCAGUCAGGCUGAGUGUAAUGGGGAUACACCGCCUGAAAAUGGUCAACAACCAGUCACUAAAACAAAUGAGGGAGCCAGUGAUGUGGCCGGCGCCUCACCACACUACAGGGUCGAACGCCGUCUUGAAGACUUACCCACGGAAGGAAAUCAGGAGACAAAUGAAAAAUUACAGGGGAACACGCUAGUCAACUGGUCCACCGAUGGGGAGAUUCUCAGAGAAAAACCAGAAGAGAAUCUUUUUAUUGUUCAUAAGGCUGUUGCAGAUCUUUCUCUCCAGGAAACGAGUAGUGAUGAAAUGACAUUCAGAGGAGGACAUCAGUGGAAGAAGAUUCCUCUGAGCAUCAGUCCCCAGGAAAUAAGUAGACAGAAGGAAAGGAUUGCUGAACAACCUCUAGAAGAGAAAGAAGAGGAGGACAGGAAGAACAAAGCUCACCAGGCAACUGAAAUUGAAUGGUUGGGAUAUCGGAAAUCUAGCCAUGUUGAUGUGUUGCAUUCUAAACAUGAGGAGGAGCAAAAGGUUUGGGAUGAAGAAAUUAAUAAUGAUGAUGAUGGUGAUUGCGAUGAAGAUGAAGAUGAAGUUCGAGUGAUAGAAUUUAAGAAAAAGAAUGUUGAAGAUUCUCAAUUAAAAGAAGAAGGCAAUGCAAAUGAGGACUCCCCACUGAGCAGCCCCAGUUCCCAACCUGUGACACCUGAUGAGCAGCCAACCUUUGGGAAGAAGAGUGAUAUCUCCAGAAAUGCUUAUUCAAGAUACAAUACAAUAUCCUAUCGGAAAAUCAGGAAGGGGAACACCAAACAAAGAAUUGAUGAAUUCGAGUCAAUGAUGCAUUUAUAAACUAAAUGGAACUGAGAAGUUCUUGCGCCUACUAAAGCAAAAGCGAAUUCUAUUUUCCUGAGAUGCAUCUUUGCAUGCCCUAUUUGAGUCAUCCCCUUUAAAGGUGUGAGAGCUUAAUCCCUACUUCACUGUAGAAUAAUAGGGAAAUAAUCCUAGACAAAAUUCAGUCCGGUAACCUCAAAUCAAAAAGCUUUAGUUUCAUUCUUGGGCAGUUGUCUUUUAAAAUUUUACUAACAUAGCCUUGUGCAGUUAGCACUAAACAGCAAACAGCAAGCACUCCUGGAGAAUGUGUCAUGAUUUGGCUUUAAAAGUAGCAACACUGGGAAAUACAGUCUUCAAAUGAAAGACGACAAUUAGAAAUGAUUUGUAUUUCUUUGGUAUCUUUCUUCCUGUACAUGGAGGGUGCUAGAAAGUCUGGUACAGUUCUCUUAAUUUCAAAUAUGCUUUUAUAGACUCAGGCCAUAAGUUUCCAAAAUACUUUGCCUUUCCUAUUUUCUUCAGAAAAGAUUUUAAGUGGGUUUCUUUGGCAUCUACAGAAUGAAAACUCUGUAUAGACCUCCUUCGUAGGUGUUGUCAUUCACUGACUUUUCUCACUAGAGGGGCUGAGCAAUAGCCAGUCAGGACAAUUCUGUUGACUAAAUGUUGGCUUUAUGCUCUCAGGAUGAAUGACAUUCAUUGUGAGGUUGGUACAAGGAGGGGCUAAAAGAUGGGUGGACAGUAGAUUAAAGAGUCAGAUAGUUUAUUUCUGUUGACCGAAAAUAAAAUCUUGUCUAGCACCAUUAAAGUCAUUAGAAAUGAAAAUGACAGCUUUAGCGUGAUUUUAAGAAAAUAUCCCUCUCUAUUACCACGCCUUCUCUUAUUAACAAUAUCUCAGAAGAAUUUUCCUUCCUUAGAAACCCAAGAUAACUCUCGUCAUAACUGUACUAGUUACUAUGAAAAUGGAAAUAAUUAUCUUAGGAUAUUUUCAAAGUAGAGCGUGAGCAUGUAUUUUUAGUGAGAAAGCUCUGAUAGUUGUUGGGAAUAUAUAAUUUACUGGACCUCAGCCCAAAUCAAGAUGCUUAAAAUUGUACUCAUGGAAGUUCAUUCAAACUAGUGUGUCAAAUAAUGUAUUGAAUAUUUAUGAAAAGGGAGAGUCUAUAUUUAUAUUCUUAGAUAGUUUCAUACUUUUUCAUUUCAUGCUUCCAUAUAUAUCACCCUGAACUUUCUGUCACCACUGUUAAAGAUAUUUUUGGCCCAGCAAAUAAAAAGACAAUUCCUUAUUGUCUGAAUGUAAUACAGUCUUCAUUGUACUAUUCAACCCUUUGUUUAUUUCUUUUUCAUUUUGUGAAAAACGCUGGGUGAGCCCUUCUUAGAUUAUUGCUUAUUUAUGUGUAACAAAUCCUGCACAUUCUAAUGGCAAUUUCUUUAAUUCUUCCUGGUCAUAUAAUAUAUUUUCAUGGUAUCAAGUGCUAUUAUUUACUGUUUACAAGACUCAAUUUUGAAUUCAAGAUUGAAGUGCUCCUUUUAUUCUUUCAAACAGAUAUUUUGCAACCUGAUCAUGUAAAAGUUCUGUCGCUCUUCAUCUGUGGAACUUACAGAUUUCAUUCUUGACAAUGCAAGUUUUCAGAAUAAAGCCAGGGAAAUCAGGUCGUUACUGAUAAAUUUAGGUAGAACAUUGGUGUACUAGGACAAUUUCCUAUUUAUUGAGAUCCUCUAAAUCAUCCCACCUGGACAACCUAUUUUAUUUUCUGGAUUACUGAUGACCCCUACAAUUUUCUACUUAACUCCAAAACACAGUAUUGUGUUAUCCAUCAUGGAAUAGGAGCAUAUUGUUGACCUACCAUCAGCAGAGCCUGUAUUGUGAACUGUUCCAGCAGAAGUAUUGAAUCCCUGUGGAAUCUCUUUGAGGUGGGUGGUCUAUGGCUCAUCUACAUAGUGUGACAUGGCCAAGAGACCAGCUCUUAUGGAGAUCCAACACAUAGUAACUGUGGCCUUUUUAGCUUUGUGCUCUUACCAUAUAAUUAACCAACCACAAAAGAUUUUGUCAACAAAGAUGUUUUCAGGGUAUGCUCAAUGAGUAAACGCUUAAUGCUCAUGGAGGAGGGAGUAUAGUUGCAAAAGAGCACUGAAAGUAUUCUUUGACAUUAAUGCCCACUGCCCUGUGUUGCCAUCUUACACGAAGGCCACAGAGUUAAGUGGUUAUAAGUAACAAGAUGGGGUUAGAUGAUUGUUUGAUUCUUUGUAACUAGGAAAGGCAAAGGUGUGAUUCAGAUUGCAUGAGGGAUAUUUAACAUAUUAGACACUCCUACGGGAUAAAUUAGAAUGCAAAUUGGUAAUUAUACCAGAAGAUUUACUGCUUUUGUGAUUCAAGCUUUUCAGGUGGAAGGACUCUGGUACCUGUAGGAGGGAAAUUGGUUUAUUGUGAUAUAUUAUUAUAUGUUGAUAUUUCUUACACGAGUUUUAAUUUUUCUUAGUUUUUGGGUGAACAGGAAUUAAUAAAAGCUCUAUUUCAUUGUCAUUAUAAAAUUCACCUUUCAUAUAAUGCUACAUUUGAAGACAUGAGAUAUGUCUAAGUCUAUCAUCUGUCUACAAUUUAAAUAAAAAACUGCUGUGUCUGACUUGCUCUCAAUAAAAGUUUGUUCCCUUGUU